UAUGGAUGCAUUAAAAGCUCUCGGAAUAGAAUUUAAUCGUCUUGAUUUCACUUCAAAUGAACGAGUCGCUCUACUGGAUGAUGAGAAACGGGAUUAUCUGAGAUCUUUAAUCUCCACGGCUG